AUGCUUGAUUGCGGACUGAAAAUCGAUUAUUCAAAGCAAGGCGUAAAAAAUUCGAAGCUUAAUCAUUAUAAUGGUAGUUUCGCUUAUGCAGAAACUGUUUGCAGCAAAAACGGAAAAACCUGUGCUCGAAUAAUUCAGCUGCAUAACAAACUUGGUUACAAAACUGACUUUACUGCUUCACGAAGCAAGUGGACAAUUGAGGAUAAUGUUCCAUGGUUUCGACAAGAAAUGAAAUCUCUUGCAAACUCUAAUAUACCUAUUUUCAUAAAUCUUCAUUAUCUUGACGCCAAAAUUUUCUUUCUAAUUUUUCAAAGUAUUAAAAAACAACGACCUAUAUUUGUUUUAUUUUCACACUUUCACGAUGAGCAUAGUGCUAGCUACCGAUGCAUUAACCACAAAAUACCAUUUAUUUUCUCUGGUUCAGUUCCAAAAAACAGGUUUGUUGAAUUCAUGAUGAGAGUCAAAACUUAA